CAUCAUUAAAGUAUCAAUUUGAUAUAUCACAUAUUGCACAAUUAAGUUAAACUAAGCUACGGGGUUCAUAACGGUCGACCGUUUGGCAGGACAGUCAACCAUGCUGAUCUUCUACUCGGAUUACUGGACUACCACCGUGACAGUCGACUAUUGCCUUCUGGUAGUCGACCGUGACAAUGCACCUGAAGGUUCUCAUUUUCCACAGAAGACCAUUUCUCUUAGGAGUUAUUUUAAAACCAACUUGAAACAAUGCCGUUUUUUUCUUUCUUCGGCGACGGCAAGUCGACAACUGUUCUUUUUCUUCGAUGUUCUGUUAUCAGCUGCCGGACAGUGACAAAUAUGGGAGACCUCCCAUCGCCGAUUCAUGGCGGCACUAUGUCGGUAGUACUAUGCCGGAAAAUCGCCGGGGGGGGGCAAGUGCCCCAUCGUGCCCCCCUCUCCUCCGCCCCUGUGGUUAGUUAAUUGGGAAUAGCACUCUACUUUUCAGUUGGCUACUAGUUCAUUUACCUCUGCAAUUAACAUCUACUUCAGUUGGUUAUGUUGUUGGUACUGUUAGCUAUGCUGGAUGGCUGCAGCUUCAGUUGGCUAUGCUAUUGGAUUUUAGUUUUAGAAGGAGGUUAUUCUUUGCUUAUUGUGCAGUUGGUAAUGCUGCAGUUUAGUUUUCAAAGUUUUGAAGAUGAACACAAUUUGGUUUGGUGGAUGGCUAAGUGCCACUUCUAGGUUUUGAU